UUCUGCGUGCUGCACGGUUGUACGUGCACGCUGUGCGGAGUAAAGAUGGACGGGCAGCGCUUUGGUAAAGUGUUACUGGAGGCGGCUGGCAUGCUUUUCACAGUUUCACUGCUGCUCCAGCUUGCGGCUGCAGCUCAGGAGGCAUCUAACGGCAGGAAGGAGCAGGAGUGUUACAACUACGCGGGCGGACACGUUUAUCCUGGGGAAGCUUUCCGCGUGCCGGUGUCCGAUCACUCUCUGCAUCUCAGCAAAGCGAAGAUCUCCAAGCCGGCCCCUCAGUGGGAAGGCACCGCCGUUAUCAGCGGUGAAUUCAAGGAGCUCAAGCUGUCUGACUACAGAGGGAAAUACCUGGUGUUCUUUUUCUACCCAUUGGAUUUCACAUUUGUGUGCCCCACGGAGAUCAUUGCGUUCAGCGACCGCAUCCAGGAGUUCCGUGCCAUCAACACGGAGGUGGUGGCGUGUUCCGUGGAUUCGCAGUUCACUCACCUAGCCUGGAUCAACACACCCAGGAAGCAGGGAGGACUGGGGUCAAUGAAAAUCCCCUUGCUUUCUGACCUCACCCACCAGAUUGCCAAGGACUAUGGUGUCUAUCUGGAGGACCAGGGCCACACGCUAAGGGGUCUCUUCAUCAUCGACGGCAAGGGCAUCCUUCGGCAGAUCACCAUGAACGACCUCCCGGUGGGCCGCUCCGUGGACGAGACCUUACGGCUGGUGCAGGCCUUCCAGUACACGGACAAGCACGGAGAGGUGUGUCCCGCCGGCUGGAAGCCAGGCAGUGACACAAUUGACCCAGAUGCAGCUAUGAAGGCUUGGUGGCCCAAGCAGGAGCUGUAACACCUCCCCGAGAUGAUAAAAUAUGGCCUUAAGCAGAUAAUCCCUGAUCCUGCAGGCAAGCUGAAGUAUUUCGAUAAACUGAACUAAAUCCUCAGUCUCCACCUGCUUUUGUCCUUUCAUACAUACUGAAUAACAGUUGACAGUAAAUAAGUGUAAAGAUCUGUCCUGCCUGGAUUAUCACAGCUUGUGGCAGGGGAGAGGGCUUUAACAAUCAGCACUUCUUUGUGGACAGAAGGCCACAUUUUUUCUAUACAUUUCUGACAUGUUCAGACAUUGGCACCAAUGUAACAAAUUGAAUUUAAUAAAAAAAAAUGGUAAAA